AUGAAGAGGGAUCGUUUGUUGGCGCUUCUGGCCUUGGCUGUGUUGACCUUGACGUGCGGCCUACUGGUCGUGAACUCCUGGACGAGCGGUGGGCGGGAGGAGAGUCCACCAGGGAAGAGCUCUUCCUUCACGACGAACUACGCCGCGGCGUAUUUGGGCGCCACGCUGACCGAUUUCAGUCGUGCCUGCAAGGGCGCCUCGUCCGUGCUCAAUGACGAAAAGGAGAAGUACAUGAUAUGCGCCUGUGAGGCGACCAGGAAGCUGUUCACGGUGCAGCUUAUCCGCGAGAUUGAGGUUCGCGUCGUCACGUUGGUGAACCUGGAGCAUUUCAGUUCGAGCGUGAAGAAGUUUAUGCUGCUCGGCAGCAAAAAGUACCCCACCAACGAGUGGCGUGUGCUGGGGGAGUUCGAGGCCAGUCCGUGGCGCGGGGCGCAGCACUUCGACGUGCCGCCGCAGGAGCCGGUGCGCUUCCUGCGGCUCAUGUGGGUCACCUCCCACGGGGACGACUCGUGGUGCACGCUGACCGCCUUCAAGGCGUUUGGCGUGGACGUGCUGGAGACCCUGACGCAGGACUACGGCGGCGAAGUGGAGGAGUUGCUGCAGGGGCCGCUGGACAGGGCCCUGCCGGCGCCCCCGAGCUUCGUCGCGCCAACGCCGCCGGCUUCCACGGGGGUGGAUGCACGUGCCAGCGGGCCCGCGGCCGGGCUGCAACGCCCUAGCGAAGGAACGAAGCCCCGCGGCGAUGCGGCGCUCGAGAAACUCUUCCGGCAGGUGGAUGCCAUCGUUUUGGCUGGUGCCGGGCGCAGCGGCAACGGCAGCAGCGACGACGGCGACGCCGCCGCCGACUCCUCCAGUCGCUGCGACGACGGCGACUUUCUUGACAACGCCUCCCAGACGUGCAUGCUGCACGAGCGUCAGGCGUUCUUGUCCAGCUCCCGCUGCAAGUGCUUUCCUAGGCCGCCGCUCUUCGGCAAGAUGGCGCUGGCGCCGAAGCCGUUCCAAGGGGGGACGGUGCUGCAGAUCAUUGCACAGAUGAGCAAGCAUCUCAAAAUGCUGCAGCAGGAGCUGGAGGAGGCCUCUGCCCGGCAAAGGGCAAUGCAGGCGCGGCUAGAAAGCGCCGAGGUGGCGGUUGCGUCCAUUAGGCUGCACCUUCGCGAAACGUUGCGGUUCACCUGCGACUACAGUGAGCGGUUCAUUGAGCUGAAGAAGGAGAUGGAUGCCGUGAAGGCGCGCCUCGCACUUGCGUUGGAGCCAAGGGGCCGCAAGGGGGGUCGUGUCACCUUACAGAUGUGGGUGGCUUGCUCCAACGCGUUGGCCUUUGUCGCCCUCCUCGCGGCGUGUUUUGUGCCUCGCCCAACCAUCCCCAUCGGAGCCCGGCGCUUCACGCUGCGUGGGUAG